AUGUCGAAGCCUUUUAUUCUGUAUACCGCUGGUACGCCCAACGGACGCAAAGUCAGUGUUUUUCUUGAAGAGCUAAGAGCCGUCUAUGGGAACAAGGUCGAUUACGACGUCGAGAAAAUAGACAUCUCGAAGAACAUCCAGAAAGAGCCCUGGUACAUCAAGUUGAACCCGAACGGUCGAAUCCCAGUACUCGUCGACCGCCAGCGGGACAACUUUGCGGUUUUUGAGACUGCUGCUAUUUUGCUUUAUCUGGAACAGCAUUAUGAUCCGGAGAGGAAGUUUGGGUUUGAUGCUGUUAGGCAGCCUGAUGAUUAUAGCGAGAUGCUUCAGUGGAUGUUUUGGGCGCAUGGAGGCGUUGGUCCUAUGCAAGGACAAGCGAACCAUUUCAACAGGUUUGCGCCCGAGGAUAUUCCAUAUGCGAAAAAACGGUAUAUUGAAGAAACGAAGCGCCUCUACGGCGUGAUGGAGAUCCGCCUCGCAGACCGCGAUUACCUCGCUGGACCCGGCCGAGGCGUGUACAGCGCUGCGGACAUCAACGUUUUCCCUUGGAUUCGUAUUCAUCAAUUCGCGGGUAUCGAAUCUAUUGAUGAGUGGCCGAGUCUUAAGGCGUGGUUCGAUCGUAUUGAGGCGCGUGAAGCUGUUCAAGCUGGACUUGCUAUUCCGUAG